AUGGACAACUACCACGUGAUCGACCUUGUGGGAGAAGGCUCCUUUGGGAAGGUGUACAAGGGGCGUCGUCGCUGCACUGGGCAAAUUACCGCCAUGAAGUUCAUAAUGAAGCAUGGGAAGAGCGAAAAGGACAUCAGGAAUUUGCGGCAGGAGAUAGAGAUUCUCAGGCACCUGCGACAUGAGAACAUCAUACAGAUGUUGGACACGUUCGAGACAAAGAGCGACUUCUGUGUCGUCACUGGUGGGUUGGUGUCCCACCGCCACCUCCCCAAGUUGUACAAAUCAGAACUACGUUGCGAUAAUGAGCAGCGAUGA